UUAUAAUUGAUAGUACAUUAAUUAACAAAAUGAAUCAAAAAGUAAUAUAGUAUGUGAAUGUUGUGUUGAGUGUAUAGAUUAUUACAUAAUUUUUUAUUAUUUUUACUUGUAAUUUUUAAAAACCUAAUUUUUAUUCUAUUUCCUACUCCGUAGUAUGUCAUGGCCGAUUAUAGCUGUUGCAGUGGGAGGAAGUGUUUUGGCUGUUAGAUAUUUAUACAGGAGAUAUCCCACUUUCUUCAAAUUUGGUUCUACCAAUCUAUCCAACAAAUUGUCGAGUGAUGAUCCCUCCUUUAACAUGGGUUCUAGACUCUCCAAAGCUAAUUUGAGUGGCUUUGGUCACAAAAUGUCAUUUACAGAAGCUUGUAACAUAUUAAAUAUAUCUUCAACAUCUACAAAGGAAAAAAUCCGAGAGUCUCACAAGCAGCUUAUGAUGAGGAACCAUCCAGACAACGGAGGUUCAACGUAUCUAGCUUCAAAAGUUAAUGAAGCGAAAGACUUUUUAAUUAAGUGAUUGUAACAUAAAUUUUAUUAUAUUCAAA